ACUAACACCAAUACUAAUACUGAUACAGCUACUACUGGAAAUACCCAAACAACAGGAACAGAAACUGGGGUCACAUAUAACCAAUAUGGGUUUACUGGAUCCCAAUCAGUAUGGGAACCAGACACUUUGACAACUGCUACAAAUUCCAAUUCCAACUCCAAUUCCAACUCAGUUUCUGGCUCUCAAUCAUCAUCAAAUUCACAAACUACACAUUCCAUAAAAGGUAAUAAAACUUCGUCUGCCAACAAAAUAAGCUAUGGAUUGGUCAGUAAAAACAUGAGUAUGAAAGAUCUCAUGAUCAUUGGAGGUGCCAUAGCUGCUGGAUCUGUUGUUAGUCUUUUGUAAGUACCAUGUUUCAUACUUUCUGUAUAUAAAACAAAUUAGAAACGUUUAGAGAUCGCCAGGAAGAAAAAAAAAAAAAAAUAAACAUCAAAAUUAUUUAUAGCGCGAAAUUUUUACAAAUGAGUAUAAUGUAACAGUAGCUAAUGACUAUUAUAGAAGGUUCAGCAUCGGAUCCAAGGAUGACUGGCAAUGGUUCAAGUAAUAGAAAUGAGCAAGAAAGGCUGGCUAGACCUCAUAGUGGAUUCAAACCUCGUCCUAAAUCGUUCACUGGGAUAGUUAUUCCACCUCAAGAUAUCAAACAGGUACAAACUCAUAUUUCAAACAUUCCACGUUUAAAGCAUCUAGAUACUCUUUCAGAUAAUACUAAUCCAAUAUUUCAAUCAAUAAUAGACGACUACUUUGUUAAUAAUAAUUUCAAGCAUCAUCCUAGCUUGCUGAAUGCUCAUCAACUCAAUUAUUUAAGAUCUUGUAUAUCGCAAGUUUAUGGAAGAAAAUCAAUCUUAUUUUGCAUUGAUGUAGAGGCAUAUGAAAUGAACACAAACAUAAUAACAGAAAUCGGUAUCUGUAUAUACGAUCCAAGAGAUCAACUCACCGCCAUGAUGCCUACCAUCAAUCAAAUCCAUAUCAAAAUAAAUGAACACUUUGAUAAAUUCAAUGGUCGUUUUGUUCCUAAUCAUACUGUUAAUUUCAAUGGCGGUACAUCCUUCGUGAUGCCUAUAACACAAGCUGCUACCCUUACGCAGAGUCUUAUCAAUUAUUACUUCUUCGAAACAAGGAAUAACGAUAUAAGGACAUGUUUAAUUGGUCACGAUGUUAAAGGAGAUAUCAAAUGGUUAAAUACUUUGGGCGUCAAGUUCCCUGAAAAUGUACCAAUUAUCGACUCUCACAAGUUGUUUGCAUUAACACAAGGUAAAAAUGGUAAUAGUUUAAAGAAUGCCCUUACUCGAGUUCAAGUGCCAUACGCAUUCCUUCAUAAUGCCGGAAAUGAUGCUUAUUAUACAUUACUAUUGGUGAUGCGACUUUGUGAUCCACAAUGUAGACGACUGUUUUCACUUGAUGUGAUGAAACCAUUGGAUAUAAACAAAGAAGGAAUCGUUCCACUCAUGCAUGAUGUUUCUUUAAAAUCAAAGAAAUCAAAAGCCAAAAAGCAUAAUGUUGCCGAUUUAAUAAUGGUAGAGUCAGCCGAGGAAGCGGCAACUUUAAUGUUUGCUACUUCUUAGAUUUAAUACAUACUAUUUACACCUAUUAAAAGAGUUCUUUCAAAUUGUUGUAGCAAAUUAUUUAAUCUAAGUAAUAAACCAGCACAUAGACUUUUAAGUUUUGAAUCUAUUAAAGUCUCCCAAAUUUGUGAAAGCCAACUUUGAUACUGUAAGAUACUAUUAUGAAAUUCUUGAAUAAUAUAAUCUUCUUCAACUAUAUCACAAAUUAAAAAAAUACCCGUUACAAUACUUUCAAUCACUUGGAUUUCAUCCAGCUUAACCUUAUGAAUCAAAGGAGUUGUUAAUUGAAUGAACUCCUUAACCAUAUCUCUUAAAUCGUUAGACGACGGAUAAGC